AUGCCGGUGCAGCAUUCGCGGCCUGCCUCUGGCCUGGCUGCCAAAAAGCCUUCAUUGCGGCAGCCCUCACGGCGAAUAGCCUCAACUGUGUCCGAGAGACCAAAUUCAAUGACAGAGGCACUCAAGCCGUCCAAUACGAACAUCAUGCGCCUUCAACGAUCGCCUAGUUCGCAAUCCGUGGUGGCGGGAGCAAAGCGGAAGGAAAGGGAGUUUGAACCCAGUUCUAUCGGAGAUACCAGCAUACAUGUCGUUGUUCGCUGCCGCGGGCGGAAUGAUCGCGAGAUCACAGAGAACAGUGCCGUGGUCGUGUCAGCAGACGGUGACAAUGGGAUCGAUUUAUCCAUGGGCCCAAAUGCCUUGAGCAACAAAACAUACCGCUUUGACAAGGUCUUUUCGCCUGCAGCAGACCAGUCGACACUCUACGAAGAUGUUGUCACUCCCCUUUUGAAUGAGAUGCUUUCUGGGUAUAACUGUACUAUUUUCGCAUAUGGACAAACAGGCACAGGAAAGACCUAUACCAUGUCCGGUGACAUGACCGAUACCCUGGGAAUUUUGUCCGAGAAUGCAGGAAUCAUUCCGCGUGUGCUAUAUUCUCUGUUCCAGAAGCUGGAGGAAAAGGAGUGCACUGUUAAAUGCUCCUUCAUCGAACUCUAUAACGAAGAACUUCGAGAUUUGCUAUCGUUCGACGACAAAUCGAACUUGAAGAUUUACGAAAAUGAGUCGAAAAGAGGCCACAACGGCAGUACCUUGGUGCAAGGCAUGGAAGAGCACUUCAUACACUCUGCCACCUCGGGAAUCAAACUUCUUCGGAGCGGCAGCCACAAGCGUCAAGUGGCAGCUACCAAGUGCAACGAUCUCAGCUCGCGAAGCCAUACCGUUUUCACCAUCACCACGUCAGUGAAGCGUACGACGGAAUCAGGCGAAGAGUAUAUCAGCACUGGAAAACUAAACCUGGUUGAUCUUGCUGGCAGCGAGAAUGUCCAGCGCAGUGGAGCAGACAAUAAACGUGCGGCUGAGGCCGGUCUUAUUAACAAAAGUCUGUUGACUUUGGGCCGAGUAAUCAACGCCCUGGUGGAUAAGGGCUCACAUAUCCCGUACCGAGAGUCGAAACUCACACGAUUACUCCAAGAUUCGCUUGGAGGCCAGACAAAAACUUGCAUCAUUGCUACGAUUUCACCUGCUCGAAACAACUUGGAGGAGACCAUUUCGACACUUGACUACGCCUUCCGGGCCAAGAACAUCCGCAACAAACCGCAAGUCAACUCUACGCUCCCCAAAAAGACACUUCUCAAAGAAUAUACCAUAGAAAUUGAGCAACUUAAGAGCGACCUUAUUGCAACAAGACAUCGCAAUGGUGUUUAUCUAUCCACCGAAGCGUACGAAGACAUGAAGGUCGAGAGUGAAUCCCGCCGAAUCAUCCUCGAAGAACAGCGUGCCAAGGUUGAAAGCAAAGAAGCGAGUUUGAAACACAAGACUGAGGAAUUAUUUGCGUUGACAAGUAAUUUCAACAACCUAAAGAAGGAUAACGACGAAACCCGCGCGGCGUUGGAUGAGACAAAUGAUGUACUGGAGCAAACCGAAAUAGUCCUUCGUGACACGAAAAGAGAGCUCAAGCAAGAGGAAGUGCUGCGCAAAGCACAUCAAGAGACUGAGGGUCAACUCCAUGAAGUCGGCACAGACCUUUUGUCUAAAUUGGACCAGACUGUCGAGCAUGUCAAUGGUCUUCAUCUUAAACUGCGUCGCAAGUCUGAUCUCCACAGCCUUAAUCGCGGGACGUGGGAGGCCUCAACCGGCGAUGUUGUUGAUGUGACAAAGUUGGUUGAAGACAGGGUCGAAGUGUUUGAAUCCCAGCAUAGCGCCCUAAUGCAAGUUCUGGGAGGUCAGAUUGCCGAGUUUGUUUCAUCAGAGCUUCGAAGCGUGGGAUUCGGAAAAUCUCAGGUAGACAAAUAUCAGUCUCUUCUGGACAAAGCAGAGGAAACUUUCACAGGACAAUCAGCAACGGCGCACGAUGAGAUGAACGAAGUACUCGAAGAGAUCAAGGUUCUCCGAGAGGAAGUCAAGGAAAAAGUCGGUCAAGGCUUGAAUGGUCUAUCAGCAGCUGCGGAGCGUAUCUCGAGGGAGGUAAUCAAUGAAUUAACUGGUUUCCACACUCAGAUACACUCAUCUUAUAGCAAUUUGGGCCGAGACCUGAAAACAGUUUUUGAGAAUAUGGAAGAACAAUCCAGGGCACAAAAAGCAGAAAUUGAGGAACUUCGCAAUCAGCUAUUGAACUCUAAUCGCCAAGUCAUCCAAGAAAGCCAAGCAACGUCGAUAGAACUGGAGAAGGUGUUUGAAGAAGAGCAACGCGCUGCUGAGACUGAUCGUGCAAACCUGCUUUCCCAGAUUAAGCUUUUGAUCGAAGAGUCUGGACAGAAACGGUCGUCGAGACUCAGAGGUGGCGUGGAUAAGGUCAAGUCCGAUAUGACGCACUCGACAGAGAUACUGCAACAUGCCACGGAUGCGUACCAGAAUGGAAUGGAGAAGUGGGUUGAAAAGGACUCGCAAACAAUGACAGAUGUGGCAACAUCUAGGGAUGAUAUUAAGAACCGCAUGCAGGAAGACUGGGCGGUGUUUGAGGAGCGUAAUGCUUCCAUCAAAAAGGCGACUGAAUCCGUACACCAGGAGACAGUUCGGAUUGUGGACGCCCAAAUGCAAGGCAUGGAGACCCAGAUGGAGGCUUUGGAUGAUUUUGUCACCAAGGCGCGAUCUCAAAAUGGAGCACAGCAUGAAGCCUAUAUGUCCACGUUUGGGGACCUGUUGAACAAUGUCAAAGAAUCCUAUAGCUCCAUGGGUGGCGAGUUUAAUGGUUUGGAUGACCGCGUACACGCUUUCGAAAACAUGAUCACCCAGCAAAAGGACAGCAUCAACCAAUCCGUGGAGCCAUUUUCCAAGGACGUUCGCCAGCCUUUGGAGGAACUACGGAAAAACAUCCAAGGAGCUCCUAUGUCGGAAUACCAACCCACUGGAAACACUCCUCCUAGGACCAGUUACGAAUACGUUCAGACCUUGCCGCAAACGGAGCCACAUACAAGCCUGAUUUCGAAACUAAAGCAAGAAGGAACACAGCUCCUUCCCACAUGCCUCGAAGGAGACGAACUGGCACCACUUGGCUCACCAUCGAAAAGCCGGCUGGGAUCACCAUCAAAGACUCGGGUAUACAAUGACACUGAGGACGAGGUAGGAGAAUCUACCACCACCGCAGUCACAUCAUCAUCCAACACGGGUCUUAGGGAGGUCGAUAUAAACGUCGCCGCGAAACCACUCAAAUCUUCUAAUCCGUUAUCGUCACCGGAGGUGUCCAAAAUAAUCACUAUUGAAAAGGACGACAAUGAUUCUUCAACCCAGCCACCGUUGAAAAAGCAACAAACAUAUUCGGACAGCAAACUUCCGCAAAAGGCCCUUGCUAGGCGAGCGCCAACUGGAAUUACCUUGGAUGGGAGGGAAAACAUCCCUCUCGGCGCGAGUACUACUGGACGGCGCUUGCGAAAUAGGCAGUCUAGCGGCUGA